GACAAUACAAACGGGUUAUUCUUCACAAGUUUGAAUUUGCUUACUUUUUUUGGUCCAAACAGAAAAAGCAAAGAAAACUGUCCUGGUUCCUGAUUGGCAGGCCGAUGUGAGGAGAAUGGACAUUAUCAAAGUUGUCAGAUCCAGGUGAUGCCCUUUGAACAGCUGGAGAAACAAAUAUUGAGCAGAUGAAAUGGGGUGUAACUGUUCAUCUCAAGGGUCUACAGAUCAGACACUAUACACGAUCAUCUACACCCUCAGCGCCGUUCUCUCCUUCACCAUCCUUGUGUUCACAGUGCUGGGGGCCAUAUGUCUCACAAAAUACCGAUCCUCCAUCAAGACCAUCAGAGAGCUGCGGCACAACAGGCUGCUCAUGGGUGCUGUGCCUCAGCUAGACCCUCCCCUCAUACCUGUGAGGUCGAUUCAAGUAGAGGAGGAAGAGCAGGAGUGCCCUCCCCAAACUCCACUCCGACCCAGCAUGUCAGUCAGGUCUCCAUCCAAGAAGCUGUGGAAAAGCCUGCAGCAGGAUCCUCCUUUCACCAAGUCAGACCUGAACCUUCUGCAGCUCAUCAAAGCAGGAAAGGAGGGUGUCUUCUACCAGGCCAGGAUGACCAGAGGGACAUGUAAAGGUCACAACAUGUUCACCUGUAAGAUCAGCAAGGAAGGUGUCCGUCUCAAACACGUGGACAUGGAAGUUUCCAUCAUGAGAAAACUGAUGCACCACAAGAACAUCCUCCAGUUACUGGACUGGAACACCACUGAGGAGCCGUACGUUCUGAUCAUGGAGUAUGUGAGCUAUGGCACUCUGAGGACCUUCCUGCAGACAAAUAGAGGCCACCUUAGUGCAGACCCUGAGCUGCAGAGCCUCCUCACCAUUGCCUCCUACCACAUUGCUCUGGCCAUGCAGCACCUGCGCUCCAAAAUGAUUAUCCACUGUGACUUGGCUCUGAGGAAUGUCAUGGUCAACAAGUUCCCCUGGGAGGUGAAAGUGGCUGAGUUUGGUCUUGCCCGAGACUUAACGCGCAUGACAAGCCGCCGCAGCAGUCGCUGGAGAAACCCACGUCAACGGGUUCCACUGCGCUGGUACCCGCCUGAGUACUUCAAAAACAACUACUACAGCUUCAAGGGAGAUGUGUGGGCGUUUGGCGUUGUGCUGUGGGAGAUGCAGACAUUUGGUACUUUGCCAUAUCCAAACCUGGAGACGUCAGAGCAAGUGGUGUACCACAUCUGUAUGGGUCACAGAAAUACAAACCCAGAAGGCUGCAGACCAGAGAUGCUUCAUAUCAUGCGAGACUGCUGGCAGGAGCCGCACACCCUGAGGCCCUCCUUCACAGACAUCGUCUGUAUGCUGGAGAACAUCAUGGAAAAUGAUGCAGACUACGUGGAUGUGGAGGGCCCACAGCAUGUGGUGACAGAUGAGGCCGAAUAUCAGGAAAACAAAAGAUUACGAGCCGCCAGCGUCAGCUUGGGGGAUAGAUAAAAAAUUUUAAAUGAUCCAGUCUAGUAUAUAUUUACAAAUAUCUAAGAUGAACAGUUUAAGUCAUAAGUGACACAUCAAGCA